AUGCCCAGCGCAACCGCUUCAGGAGCCGAUACAGGCGGUUCGGCCCGCUCUCGCGAUCACAAGCAGGGGAAUCAGGGACGAACCUAUACGCCAGACCAAGAGGCAGCAGUUAUCCGCAUUCGGAGAUGCGAAGCCACCGCCUUUUACGAUAUUUUGAACCUCGAGAGCGUCAAGGCGACAUGUACAGAAGCGGAGAUCAAAAAGGCAUAUCGGAGGCAGUCCCUCUUGACCCAUCCUGACAAGAAUGGCCACCCUCAUGCGGACGAGGCCUUCAAGAUGGUCAGCAGAGCGUUUGGAAUUCUGGGCGACAAGGAAAAGAAGGAAAAGUUUGAUCGAUUCGGUACCGAUCCUGAUAGUCGAUUCGCAAGCGCCCAGGCCAACAACCCCUUCUUCUCGCAACGAGCCGGCGGUGGUAUGAACAGAGGUGGCCCGAUGUUCGAUGAUGAUUUGACCCCUGAAGAGAUGUUUGCUCGCUUCUUUGGUGGUGGAGGAGGGUUUGGUGGCGGUCCAUUCGGAGCUUUCGACACAGGCCCGCAGUUUGUCUUCAACUUUGGCGGAGGCCCCGGUAUUCGAGUUCAUCAGUUCGGUGGAGCUAGGCCGAGGACGAGACCGCGCGAGGCCAACCAAGGCCGACAGAACGAAAACAACGGUAUCCAGACCCUCCUGGGUCUGCUACCCAUCAUCCUGUUCUUCAUCCUCCCUGUCAUCACCUCGCUCUUCUCCGGCGGCUCAUCCUCAUCAACCUCUGCUGGACCACGCAUGGUCUACGACAACCCCGCGCACCCCUACACCGAGGAGCGCAAGACGCCGAACCUGAACGUCCAGUACUACGUGAAUCCCGACGAGAUUGCCCAGUACAAUGAUGGAAAGCUCAAUAAGCUCGACCGAACAGCUGAGCUUAACCUCGUACGACACUUGAAGGCAGAGUGUGAAAACGAGAUUAUAUACCGGCAGAGGUUGAGAGAUGCCGCCCAGGGAUGGUUCUACCAGGAUCCCGAGAAGAUGGAGCUGGCCGAGGCGUAUACGAUGCCGUCUUGCGAGCGACUUCACACGCUCGGGAUCGGUCGAUGA